UGGAGCUGCCGGGCCGGAGGGGCAGAACUAAGGGGAGAGUAGGAGACUGGCUGGGCUGGGAGCGGGGCCAGAGGAGCAGCCCCGGGAGCUGAGAUGGAGGCAGGCCCCACCUGUGCCAGGGUUUAAAUCCCAGCCCGGCUCAGCUCUGGGCACUGGACCCGGCUCCCAGCAGCACCAUGAAGUCAGGGGCCAUCUUCCUCUUCCUGGGGCUCCUGGCCCUCUGGGCCCAGCUGCCGCCUGCAUCUGCUCAAGUGCGACCUGGAGCCUGCCCCAAGCCCCAAGGCCCGGGGCCCUGUGUGGAGUUAUGCGAGGGGGACGAUUCUUGUCCUCCAGGAUGGAAGUGCUGCAGCAAUGGGUGUGGCCACGAAUGCAUGAGACCAGUAACCCGACCACCAGUGCGACCUGGAGCCUGCCCCAAGCCCCAAGGCCCGGGGCUCUGUUGGGAGAGAUGCCGGGGGGACGAUUCUUGUCCUCCAGGACAGAAGUGCUGCAGCAAUGGGUGUGGCCACGAAUGCAUGAGACCAGUAACCCGACCACGAGUGCGACCUGGAGCCUGCCCCAAGCCCCAAGGCCCGGGGCUCUGUGUGGAGAGAUGCCAGGGGGACGAUUCUUGUCCUCCAGGAUGGAAGUGCUGCAGCAAUGGGUGUGGCCACGUCUGUACAAGAGUAAUUUGAGGGCUUGCGCUCCCUCCCCAGGCCUGGACCCCUCUGCGCGCCAUGGCAUCACAACCUGCCUGGCGUCGGAGCCGGGCUGAGGACUCCUUCCACUACGGAUCUGCCACGAGGGCUAGGGAGGAUGCUCCAUUCCCCAGUCGCUCUUCUCUUCUGGUAGCUAACUCCCCCAAGCACCCCCUGCCCUCCAUUAACUGCUUCGGGGGGUGCCCUGCUGAGGGACUGCUUUGUGUCCUGAAUUUGGGGGUCCUGG